AUGUUGGUCAUUAUCCUGACAUUUUGUUUGGUGCUUACCAAACCAGUAUACUCACAAUACGAAAUAAGAGAUAAUUCCCUUGCACCUCCUUUCACAAACUUAUACUGGAAGCCCUAUGGUACUGCAGUCAUAGAACCUGGGUUUGUGCGUUUGACGUCUGAUGUAAAAAGCAGUCAAGGUGGUAUUUACAAUACAAAGCCUUUGAUCACCCGAGAUUGGGAGGUGAUCAUCGCUUUUCAUGUUCAUAGCCCGAAAGUUUUGGUUGGUGAUGGAUUUGCCUUUUGGUAUACUCAACAUCCACCCUCACAUGGACCAGCAUUUGGUAGUAGAGAAAAGUUUCGUGGGUUAGCUGUUUUCUUUGACACAUACGCCAACCAGAAUGGAGAGCACAGUCAUGAUCAUCCAUAUAUUAGUGCAAUGAUCAAUGAUGGGACUAAGCAUUAUGAUCAUGAUAAGGAUGGAACUUUAACAGAACUGGCUGGUUGUUCAAAUAAUUUCAGAAAUACUGAUCACUCAAUGGCUUAUAUUCGUUAUAACAAUAACCAGUUAAAGGUUUCUAUAAAAAGCGAAGCUAUGGCGGAUCCUGUUGAAUGUUUUACAGUUGAUGGUGUUCAUCUACCAACUGGUUACUACAUCGGAGUCACAGCAGCUACCGGUGAUCUCUCAGAUAAUCACGACAUAUAUUCCAUCCAUACAUAUGAAUUAGAUCGUAGUUUAAAAGAUGAUCCAUUUGCUGAUUAUUCACGAAUUGAGCCAUCAGCUGAACAUGAAUCUGCACCAAGAGCUCGAGUGGAAGAUAGUCCACCAUCAAAAGCCGGUCGUAUAUUCUCCUUCGUUUUCUGGUUAGUCAUGAUCGGUUUUAUUGUCGGUGGAGGAUAUUUCGGUUAUCAGUAUUACAAAAAACGUCAAAGACAAAUGAAACGUUUCUACUAG